CUUUGUCUUGUCUUCGUCUGUCUCUCGUCUCACAGUCUAGUAUCUACUUGUAGCACUGACCGAGCUGAUGAUAAAAGUGGCGCAAGGUGUUCGUAUCCCGAUAAUGUACCCGGUUGGUCGCUAGUAAUCCCCCACCUCCAUCGACGAGAGCAUCGUUUCUGAGCGAGAGAUAGAGAGAGGGAGAGAGAGAGUGAGAGUGUGUGAGAGAGUACUGCACUGCACUGCCUCGCCUCCUGCUGGGAUUAGUACGGAGGAGACGAGAGGAGAGGAGAGGAGGGCCAAGCAGGUUUGAGUGAAAGAGAGAGUGGCAGUGACUCCUCUCGACUCGACUCGACAAGACCCGACCGGACUCAAUUCGCACGAACUGUGAAGAGGAUAUUGCUCACGGGGUCAGAGUCAGAAAGUACUGGCAAGGAAAGGAAGUGGUACCUGCUGAUAGUUGUCGUCAUCGCGAAAGAAAUUGGGAGAUAAAGGAGGGGUGACGUGAGGUUUGGUGCUGGGCCCGACCGAUUCGAAUGCUCGCCCUACUAACGACUGUCUUGAAUUCGCGGUCGAAGGGAGGAGAAGAGAGAGGCGCUAUCAGGUUGUCCGAGGGCGCGUGAGAGUGAGUUGGUGAGUGCUCGCAUGAUGUAGCAGUUGUGGUCGUCUUGAGAGCAAAAUCCGUAUCGUGCAUGUUUGGUUACUGUUAGCGGGGCUCGAUGUCACUGCACGUCUGGAUCUGGACUGAUAGUAAUGUAGUGGGACUGGAGCUCAAGAAAGAGGAGCUGAGAGUCUGGAAGACGAAUGGUGGACAUGUACGGAGUCGAAGACGGUUGUGUGCAUCACAUUGUCAUUGUAAGCAGUGUUGAGACAAAUCCGGCUGCAGACUGUCACUCAGGCGGAGUUGGUUGUUGUCUUCAUGGCUUGAAAAUGAAGAACGUGGCGAGCAAGGAAAGGACUUGGACUGACUGCCUGUGAGUAGGUCACAACAUCGCGAGUCAACCUGUCUACCCCGGGGAUGUGCGAGGAGGAAGAGGAGGGUGUUGCCUCAGCUCUUCUCGCGACGGGCGUUUCCUCCGGGCGGGCGAUGGCGAACGCGCCUGGGUUUGGGUUUGAGUGGGAGUUGGAGUUGACACUCGAGCAGGCUGGAAUUGUCAGUCUUCCUUCUUGCACGAGGAAAAGAGUUGUUUUGCUCCCAACCGACAGUGAGUUCUCUUCUCGUACCACCCGUAAUAUACCUCAACGCCACCAUUGCCACCAGUUUGUAUUCGAUGUCUGAUCAAAUUAUCUGCUGGGACGAUAUUGGGAUUUUUAAUCAAUGAACGAAGACUCCGGGGAUGCAUCCAGCUCAACAGCCCGUACGCCAGACAAUCGAGAGGUCCAUUAUCAUCAUCGACACCAAACGCAGCAUCAUCUUCGCAGCCACGUCCACCUGACCAACAAUAUUCAUCUCAGAAAUUUGCUCCACGUGCAGAGGCACAGGAUACUGAUGGAGGCUCGCAAUUCAGCCGAGCUUCCGCUCAUGAAGGAGCUGACCAUUCUGAGGAGAGCCCGCUCGCUUCGGGAUCCGUCGACAAGUCCUGCAUGGAGCUCGGCUUCUCAUGGUAGCAGGAAAGUUCGAGAUUUUAGCUCUAUGAUGAAAGAUGAGGGUCGAGAAACCAAAUUGGCAGGUAGCGAUUACAGGCGAGAUGCUCGAAGGCUGCAUUUGCAGGAAAGCGAUUCCACCCCCAAGCCUAGCAAACGCGAGAAGGUUGAUCUCAGAGGUGGAACCCAUCAUUGGGUUGCUGACUGUUUCGGGGACGAAGCUCUGGAGGGUGGGUUUGAUCAGAAGGAGAAUCAUGUUCUGAAAAAUGAAAUGAGGGAUACGUACCUCAACACCAAUACGAGCAGCGGCGAGCUUCGGGGGAGCGAGACCAAAAGCAGUAGUAAAGGAAAGAAGGGGCGAAGACUAGGCAAGUCCAGGAGUUACCCCCGGUUUGGAACUGCUGGAGGGUCCGAAGAGGAAGACCCGUCCAAGCCCCAAGCACGGCGAUCUAGAGGCUCGUCGGACCUGCAGCAGUCGGAGAAGGAUGCAUCCGCACCAUUCGAAGGCGCAGUCCUCGGGGAGAGGGUAGUCGAUGGCCAUGUGCGCUCGCUAGAACGGGAUGUGGUGGAAGAUGACAGGCUUCAGAGAGGAUCCAUUCGGCGGCCCGACAGCGGUUGGGACGAAACGGAACGGCGAGCCGAAAUCGCCAGGAGAGUCAUAUCUGAGACUGCCGCCAGUCAGUUGAGACAUCAGGGCUCUCAGCUCUCAUCUCCCGUUUUCUCCAAUAAGGCACACUCCUCGCACGAGCAAGCCAUAUCGGGAUUGGACUUGGGAGGCCCUGACAGCGAGAGAGACGAGUAUGGAGACAGCGACGAAGAUGAGAUUAGUCUCAGACAUGGGCUCAAGCCGCUCUCUUCGUCUCACAUGAGUUCCCAUGCGCAAUCUCCGCUCCUGUACAGAGACUCGAUGACGACUUCAGAUCGCAACUCGAGGGGCGGAAGGAGGAAAUCCAAAGGUGCCAGCUCGAGAGAUGGACCGCGACACCGAGAAGGGCUUAAUUUGAGAGUUACAGGCAACACGCAGGGAAGAUUGAGAGGUCGUAGAUCGAAUUUGCGCCCCAACAUGACCCCGGACAAUAACUCAGUAUUCGGUAUGGAGGGUGAAUUGGAGGUUUCGGAGCUGCCACGAAACGGCUGUGGCAUCCCUUGGUACUGGACAAGAAUGCACAAGUACAAAGGAAGAAGGUUUCUGGACAUUGCUGGCAGGAGCUUAGCAUGUGGCUUUCCGGAGAGCUCGAAGAGGAAAACCGUGAAGAGCUCUGAUAAGGUUUCCAGCAGUAUCAACCGUCGAGCUAUAGUUCUUGCGGAAAGUCCACUUAACGAUAGAUCGGGUCUCACAGAUAGGGAGUCUGAGGAACUCGAUAAUCGCAGUAAUUUCGACGGUAACGACAGCCCAUGCUCGCCGAGAGCUGAUGGCAAACUUCUCACUGCCGAGCGCUCUGGGGAGUUGAUUUUCGGCUCCACUAGAGAAGAUCUCAGUGGUCUUUCAUUGCCAACGUCCCCAGCUUACGAGGAAGGACCUCACAUGCAGCAAAUUAUCGCAGCGCCGGAGGUACCUAGAAGCUUGAACCAAAAAUACCGACCCAGAUCAUUCAGCGGACUGGUCGGUCAGAGCAUGGUGGUCAAAUCACUGAGCACGGCCAUACUUAAAGGCAAAAUCGCACCGGUAUACCUCUUCCAAGGACCUCGUGGAACAGGGAAAACAUCGGCCGCCAGAAUCUUCGCCCAUGCGCUAAACUGUGUUUCGGACGUAGCCCACAUGAAUCGUCCAUGCGGAUAUUGCAAAGAGUGCACGCACCCUUCGCCGGACAUUAGGGAAAUUGAUGCCGCGAGCAAUAACGGUAUUGAGAGCGUCAAGGCCCUGAUGGGCAGCAUGCUUGCGACUCCAUCAACUUCACGGUGUAAAGUUUUUAUCAUCGAUGGAUGUCACCUGCUCACACCAGAAGCGUGGAAUGCCUUUCUCAAGGCUUUGGAGGAACCUCCGUGGCAUGUUGUAUUCAUUCUUAUCACAACUGACCCCGACAAAAUUCCUCGAAAUGCCAUGUCCCGCUGUCAAAAGUUCCUCUUCAGCAAAAUCAAGGAGGCGGACAUUGUAAAUAGGCUCCAAAUUCUGGUUCGAAUGGAGGGUCUGGAGGUGGACGACGCGGCCUUAGCUUUGGUAGCGGCCCAGGCUCACGGCUCCCUCAGAGAUGCUGAAACGACACUGGACCAGCUGAGUUUACUGGGAAAGCAAGUUACCCCGGCCAUGGUACAGGAGAUGGUCGGGUUGGUAUCAGAUGACAAGUUAAUCGAUCUCCUAGACUUGGCGCUGUCGGCAGACGCAGUUAGUACCGUGCGCUGCAUGCGAGAUCUUUUGGACGGGGGUGUUGAGCCUUUGGCUUUAGUAUCUCAGCUAGCCACUCUUAUCACCGACAUUUUAGCUGGAAGCUUCAUUAUUCCCCGCGACAAGCAAAUGCGCGGCUUUUUCUUUAGACGAUGUGGUAAAAAAGAGGAGGCAGUAAGGUUGAGGCAAGCUUUGAGAAUCCUUUCUGAAGCCGAGAAGCAAUUGAGAACCUCCAGUGAUCAGCCUACGUGGCUAACUGCCGCUCUUCUGCAAUUUGCACCGGACAGAUCUUAUCAACCAUCUUCUGUCGAGACGAGUGUGUUGGCAAGUCCGGUUGCACAACUGAACGAUACAAGCGAGAAGGAGACAGUCGGAGAAUCCGUGCAGCCAUGGACGAGUGAGGAACAAAUCCAUUACAAUCCUGACAACAAUAGUAGAGACGGAGCUUCUUUCAACGAUACACGGAAGAGAAGUGGUGCCAUGCCCAGUUAUAUCGAAGCCAAGGUCCAUCCUUCAGAGUCGCCGCUAAUUACCGGUGUGAGUACUAGUCCUGUAGACAGGAGGUCAGGGAGGCCAAGUAACGCCAGGUCCGAUGAACCUUUGUUGCCAGGCAGCAUUGAUGAUCUCACUCAGAAGGACUACACUGUCAUGAGUCAACGAAAACUAGAAGAGGUGUGGCAGAGAGUGCUGCAGGGAAGUCGCUCCAACGUGCUGAGACAGCUGCUUCAAGGCCAAGGGAAACUGCUCUCUCUUCUCCUGGCAGAAGCUUUUGCAGUAGCCCACUUAGAGUUCCGACAUCCUGAGCACAAAGCACGUGCCGAGCGUUCCCGUUCCAGAAUCUGCAAUGCUUUCCAGAUGGCCCUGGGUUGUCCGGUAGAACUGCAGAUAACGCUGGCCUGCAUGCCGGGUGAACAAGACGGAGGGAGACCCCAGUUGAACUUCACUAGCUAUGAGGAUCAAGCCCAAAUGUUCGAGACCUGGCAAAGGGAGAAAUCGAAAAGUAAAAACUCCACACCCGAGGGACGACCAUAUAGACGAAGGAACAGAAGCUCAAGAAACCAGCGUUCUUCAGAUUCUGUUGAAAUCUCGAAUUCACUAUACAAUGCGGUUAUGGGAGACAGCAAAGGUUUCAAACCGGAAAUACUCCCUGUUGUCGGUUCCUCUAAAUGGGCAAGGGCGGGUAGUCGUCACGAAGAGGAAAGAGCAGAUGGGGUUUGGUAUCGAGAUGGCAAGAGAAUCACAGGUCCUCCACACGACUUUCACCUCCACCCCGAGAAUCAACGUUCAAGAUAUGCCCCUGGGUUUGUUAAUAGGACAACUUCUGGCAAGGUCCCCUUAAAAACAGCCAUCCAUCAGUUUGAUGACAGUGUGGACACUCCUAACCACGAUCUUCAAACUGAUAUCGUUUGUGGCUCUUCCCGAAAGAAGAGUGUAAAGUUCCGGGACGUCAAUAGCGGAAACUCUGCCAGCUUCGAACAACAAGAGACACAAAAUAAUCACCCGCCGGAGGUCAAAAGAUUUAUAAUUUGCUCUGCAAUUUCGUCAUGUUUCCCCUCCUCGACGUCAAGGAGGGUGGAACCUCGUGUUAAGUCUUCUCCAACGGAAUCACGUCUGCUGUGUUGGAGAGUACAGAAAGUUGAUGAAGAGAAGAUCAAAAUCCAACGGCUCAGACGCCAAAGAAGGGUCAGAUUUCUCCUCAGGCUUGUACCUUGUGCAAGAACUACCACUUCACAGCAGAACCACAACUAGACUAAGAGCUUGAUGGAUUUGCAGAACCACACCUAGAUUUAGAGCUUGAUGGAUUUUUUUCAUGACACAACUCGAGUGAAGGUGGUGCCGUGUGAUAGUAGUCAGACAGAGAGCAACGAGUCAACGAUUUUGAGACUUUGAUGAGGAUGUUUCCAACCUGAGUGCUAUGCUAGCAGCUGACUGUUUUGAUAAAAGCAGUGUUGUCUGCACAAGCCUUUACCCUUGAGACCCUCUAUAGCCGUAGAGAAGAUAGUUUCACGAAGUAGGGACGAUGUUGGACUUUAUACAUAACGUGUUUCAUAUCAGUCAAGAAAGUUGGCAGUAGAGAGUGAUGGGAGAGGGAUUAGCGUGCUUGCAUCCCUCCUCUCUGGACAGAAGCUGAUCAGAAUCGGCUCUAUCAGCUUUUCUCCAGAAAGAACGGCUUUGUCUCUCAACCACCUUCAAUAUCUCACCAACUAAGCGAGCACUGUCUUGUUAUAAUACAAACACAACAUUCGAUAGGCCGUAACUGCAGGUUGGAAAUCUAGGUGCUCAGAACGUUGAACGUCAUCCUGCAUUUACAAUUUACGAUCCUGAAGGCAUAUUCACCGAAAGCUCAUACGAGUAAUGUCGUUGUAAAAUAUGAGAUGUGACUAUUCGUCACGACCACCAACGUUGUUCUGGAUUCACCAAAGAUCAAUAACCACUUGAGGAGAUCCAUGUACGCAACACUUGU